AUGGCGCCGGCGCUCUCCUCCAGUUCCUUCCGGCUGGCCGCCGCGCAGCCGCAUGCCAAGUCCCACUUCAGAUCCUCCGCCCGCUCGGCCACCGCUGCCACCGUGUUCGCGAAGCUCGGUGGCGGGAAUGGCCCACCGGCGUUCCCCUCUUUCCGAAUUGGGGGGAGGGGGCGGCCGCAGGGAGAGGAAGACGAAGGGGCGGAGGCGGAGGGAGCGCCGAAGAAGAAUCCGUUCUUCCUGGACAUCGACUUCAGCAAGCUGGGGGAGGACGCCAGGUCGCUCGUGCCGGCGGCGGGGAAUGGCAGCAGCUCGAGCCCCUCUACGGCGCUGAUAUUCAGCAACCGGCGGCGCAAGGACCCCCUCACCGUCUUCGUCGCCGGCGCCUCCGGGCAGGCCGGAGUCCGCAUCACGCGGACUUUGCUGCGACGGGGCUUCUCCGUCCGCGCCGGAGUUCCCGACCUAGCGGCGGCACAGGAGCUCGCUCGGAUCGCCGCGCAGUACAAAGUGAGUGCCUCCCCUGCCGGGCCCCGCUCGCGCUACCCGGUAAUUUACAGUAUCUACGAGUGGUGAAUAUGGCCCACUGGGCGCGUUUCUUUAUUUGUCAAGAUCAUCACGCCGGAGGAGUCGAAGCGGCUGAACGCCGUGGAGUCGGGGUUUGGGGACGCCGAGUCGAUUGCGCGCGCCAUCGGGAACGCCACGAAGGUGGUGGUCACCGUCGGCCGCGGGGAGGACGGGCCGUCGGCGGCGGUCACCACCGACGAUGCCUUCCGGGUAGUGCAGGCGGCGCAGCUAGCGGGAGUGGGGCACGUCGUGGUCAUCUACGACGCCGCCGCGGGGUCGCCGGAGCCGUCCACCAACAACGUGCUCGAUGGGAUCACCUCCUUCUUCAGCAACAUUUUCUCCCCGGCGAAGCCGUCGCUGACCGUGGGACAGUUCCUGGAGAAGGUCGCGAAGGAGACGGAGGUCAGCUACACGCUCGUCAAGGCGAGCUUGGCCGACGACAUCGCGGCGGAGCAGGUCGAGCCCCGCGGUCUGGUGGUGGCUGGGGAAGGGACCGGAGCCGCUGCCGGGGCGGGCACCGCCGGCGACUACAAAGUACGGAACGAAAGUAAUGAGGGGGAAUUCAUUCCGGGAGGUCUUCCGUGUUAGCCUUCCAUAGUGAGGAGGAAUUCAUUCCUCCCGUUUCCAGGCUUUUCUGACUUGGGUCUGUCUUCCUCCUCGACAGGUCCCCAAGUCGCAGAUCGCGUCUCUCGUCGCUGACGUAAUGAGCAACGUCUCCGUUGCGGAGAACAAGGUCAACGCUUUACGUCCUCCACGUGGCUUGUGAAUAGAAGCUGCAGCUUGACUCCGUCCGGAAGCUCGUUGGAAAUUGAUCCCUCCUCGCUCUGGCUGUUCUCAGGUGGUGGAGGUCUCUGCGAGGUCGACGGCUCCCUCGAGGCCCAUCAACGAGCUUUUCAGGUGAGUCCCCCCCGUCCUGCAGAAAAUGGGGUCUCUUCGUUCCCCAGUGCCGUAGAGAAUCACGAUGAGAGCUUCGCGUUUGGCAGCGCCAUCCCGGAGGACGGGAGGCGGAAGGCGUACAAGGAAGCAGUGGCGAAGGCGAAGGCAGAGGAGGAGGCGCUGAUAGCCUCGGAGAAAGCUCGCGAGGCGGCAGAUAUGGCGAAGAAGCUCGAGGAGGAGAUGAAGAAACUGUCGGAGCAGGAAGCCCAGGCGGCGAACCUGGCGGACGAGGCCCGGAAGAAGGCACUGGAGGCGGGGGCGUCCAUGGAGAGCAUCCUUGCCAAGGCGAAGGGUAUCAGUGGGGACUUCUCCUGGGAUAAACUGGGCUCACAGUUCGCGACGGCCAUUGCCCAGAGAUCCGAGGAGAUCCCCAAGACCCAGGUCGCCACCGUGCGGGGCCAGGCCAAGGCCCGGGCCUUGCCGCCGCUGAAGGCCGUCGUCAGGAGCCCUCCGCCGAAGCCCACCCCGAAGCCGGCGCCACCAAGAGCCAGACCCAGCCCGACGACGCAGAAGCCAGAGGUCAAGAAGGUCUUCGGUGGCCUCUUCCGACAGGAAACCAUCUACGUAGACGACGACUGA